UACCCCCGCCGCGUCUGUUGUUGCUCAAGGAGCGGCUUGCAGCAGUUGAGAAUAGGAGGCUUCCCGCUUGCAGGGGGCGAAGGGCCGCGUUCUUGGGGCCAUGAGUCGCCUGGGCUCGGUGCAGCAGAAGGUGCCCUGCCUCUUCGUCACUCAAGUGAAGGAGGAGCCCUCGGCCAAGCGGGAGCGCCAGACUUUUAAAGUGUUGGCCACCAACUCAAUUAAUAAAAAGGCUUUAGCUGCAGAUAUAUACAAUGCAAUUCCAACAGAAAAGGUGGAUGGAACUUGCUGUUAUAUAACUACAUACAAAGGUCAUCCAUACCUUUGGGCCCGACUUGAUAGAAAACCAAACAAGCAAGCCGAGAAGAAGUUUAAGCAGUUUAUGUACUCAGCAGAACACUCAAAAGGAUUUACGUGGAAUAUUGAAGAUGAUUUCAGGUCUGUCCCUGAAUGCUGGAUUCCAGCCAAGGACAUAGAGUACUGCAAUGGAAAGCCUUUUCCUGAUGAAAACGGACACAUUCCAGGUUGGGUGCCAGUAGAAAAAAACAGCAAACUAUAUUGUUGGCAUUCUUCUGCUGUUGAUUAUGAGUAUGAACUUGCUCUCAUUCUGAAGCAUCAUGCUGAGGAACCUGAUCUUCUAGAAAUCUGUCCAGUACCUUUAAGUGAAUUUACAGAGCAAACACUGGAACUUAUUGGAACAAAUAUUAAUGCAAAUCCAUAUGGUUUAGGAAACAAGAAACAUCCUAUACAUCUUCUUGUGCCACAUGGAACAUUUCAGAUUAAAAAUGCACCAUCAAUAAAUCACAAUGAUAUAUUGGCUUGGCUUGAUGGAUGCAAAGAGGGGAAGAUUGAAGGGAUUGUGUGGCAUUGUCCUGAUGGAAAUUUAAUCAAGCUUCACAGACAUCAUCUUGGCUUGUCUUGGCCAAUUGUGGAUCCUUCUUUGGCAUCAAAACCAAUUACUGUCACUUUCAAUAGAGCCAAGUACAACUUUGAACCAAAGACUCUUUUUCAUUAUUUUUCAAAGUUGGAUGGACAAAGAUUCAGUAGUCUUAGAGAUAUAAUAAGUGACUUAUGACCAGGUCUCUUCAGAAAAUACAUUGAAUCAUCUGUAUGCCUGCUUCUUCAUUUAUAAUAAUCUAAAGAUGUUUAAAAUGUUUGUUGAAAUGUAAUAUAAAUUGUAUUAUGUCUACAUAUUCUUGACUGUAAAUACACACACACAUACACACGUACAUAUAUAACUGGAGAAACUUCAGUAGAAAAGCUAUAAAGAAAACCUUCAGUUCCUAAAGGUGAAAUAUGCAACAUGUUUUUUUUCAAGCAGUGAAAGUUAACUAUUAAUCUC